AUGUCUCUAAAUCCGACUUGCGCACCUACACCUCCUCCUCUAGAACACACUUCACCACCUCUCAGCCCAAACGCCACACCUCCACCACCGGACGGAGGUUACGGUUGGAUAUGCGUCAUAUCUCAAUUCUUCAUCAACGGCUUCACAUGGGGCGUCGUAGCCAGCUACAGCGUCUACCUGGCCUACUACCCCUCCCACAACCUAUUCCCCGACAGCAGCCCCCUCGACUUCGCAUUCAUCGGCGGCUUCAACUUUGCCUUCGCCUUGCUAAUAGCCCCCAUCGCCACACUCCUCACGAAGCUCUACGGAGUGCGGACUCCCAUGCUCCUCGGCAUUAUCCUUCUCCCCAGCAGUUUCAUCGGUGCUUCGUUCGCGACUAAGAUCUGGCAUCUGUAUUUAGCUCAAGGUAUGGGCAUCGGUGUUGCAGUCGGGUUGAUCUAUAUCCCCGCCACGGCCAUCAUCCCGCAAUGGUUCCUCAAGAAACGAAGUCUCGCGAGCGGAAUCUGCUCAGCUGGAUCUGGGAUCGGCGGACAUAUCAUUUGUUUUGCUACUGAGGCCAUGCUUCAGAAUGUGGGUCUGGUGUGGUCACUGCGGAUCACUGCCGCUGUCGUAUUUGUUGUCAACUUAGUCGCGACGCUGUUGAUGCGUUCAAGAGACGAGGAGAUCCGGCCUAAUGAGCGGAUGUUUAAUUUUCGGUUGUGGAGGAGCUAUGAAGUUAGGUUGCUAUUGGGGUGGAGCUUCGUGUUGAUGUUUGGGUAUAUUGUUCUUAUGUUCUCGUUGUCGGAUUAUGCGAUUGCUAUUGGCAGGUCGAAUUCUGAUUCUGCUGUUGUGGCUGCUGUUCUCAAUUUGGGAGCUGCCGAUCGUUACGGAAGGGUUGAAAUUGCUGGCACUCUUACAUUUGUUUGUGGUGUGUUGGUUUUCGUGAUGUGGGUGCCUGCAACUACCUUCAGCGUUUUGGUCACUUUUGCUUUCCUCAGUGGAGCAAUCUUGGGCGUAUUUUGGGCUACCAUUGCACCUCUCGCCGCAGAUGUCGUGGGACUGAAAGAACUCCCGGCUUUUCUCUCCAUAAUAUGGUUGUCAGUGGUUCUACCCACAGUUUUCGCGGAAGCCAUAGCUUUGAAAUUGAGGCGACCUGGGCUUGGUGCAAGAAGCUAUCUGCAUGCUCAAGUUUUCACUGGAUUAUCGUAUAUCCUGGCAAGUUUCUUGCUGUUUGAGCUGGGGAGAUUUCGAAGAAAUGCAGUUUCACAUUGA